UAGGCCGGUGAGAGGACACGUCAGUGCCGCCAGCGACGUCACAGGCUCGCCCGGCCUGCCGGCGUCUGAUUGGCUGCUGCGUUCUCUUACGCGUCGCGCUUCCUUAUCUGCCCCUCGUGCUCAGUAGAGUCGCUCCCUUUUUACCUCGGCAUAGAAGAAGCGAUGGUGGCGCUGGCAUCUCUCGGCGCCCUGGCGCUACUCCUGAUGUCGGGCCUCUCCUGCUGCUCAGGUAGCGGCAUGGCAGGAGCUUGUUUCUGUCGAGCUUCUCUCCCACCACUGGUGGCAUCUCUCUGCCUCCUCCCCACAGCAGAGGCCUGCGUGGAGCCCCAGAUCACCCCUUCCUACUAUACAACCUCUGACGCCGUCAUUUCCACUGAGACUGUCUUCAUCGUGGAGAUUUCCCUGACAUGCAAGAACAGGGUCCAGAACAUGGCUCUUUAUGCUGAUGUCAGUGGAAAACAAUUUCCUGUCACCCGGGGCCAGGAUGUGGGGCGCUAUCAGGUGUCCUGGAGCCUAGACCAUAAGAGUGCCCACGCAGGCACCUAUGAGGUCAGAUUCUUCGAUGAGGAGUCCUACAGUCUCCUGAGGAAGGCUCAGAGAAAUAACGAGGACAUUUCCAUCAUCCCACCCCUGUUCACAGUCAGUGUGGACCAUCGGGGCACCUGGAACGGGCCCUGGGUUUCCACCGAGGUGUUGGCCGCAGUCAUCGGCCUAGUGAUCUACUACCUGGCCUUCAACGCCAAGAGCCACAUCCAGGCCUGAGGGCAGCACCCUCAGCCCCCUUGUUUCUUUCAAUAAAGUUAUGUGGCUCCUCA